AUGGCCGAUGAAGGAGGGUUAGACACCGAAACGACGGUCACCCUGCUGAUUCUGGGCGACUCUGGAUGCGGCAAAUCCACAUUUCUAUCACGCUUGAAAAAUGGCAAACGAAUGAUGCCAUCCCAGUCUGGGACUGGGCAUGCCCCCCAAUUUGAAAUGCUACGGGACAGCGAUCAGCCAUUCACCUUUGAUAUACGCUUCUCAAAGAAAAAAUUCACACUAGAGGCCUAUGAUACUUCCAAUCCUAAUCAGCACUGGACAAGCCUCCGCCCCGAUGUGGUUGUCUUGGCCUUUGACAUCUCGAAUCGAGAAACACUGAAUGGCCUGAAAGCAUGGCGCCACGAUAUUAUUCGCUACUUCCAGCAUGGCCAAGGUGAGCGAAUUCCGGUAUUGAUGCUUGGAUUGAAACGUGACCUUCGCAAAGAAGGACCGGAUAUCAUAUAUCCACAAGAAACAUAUCGGAUCGCCCAGGAGUUGCGAUGUGACAGAUAUGCAGAAUGUUCAGCCAUGACGGGUGAGCUACUCGCAGAGACAUUUGAGGAUCUGGCAAGGCUUGCUGGCAUGACGACCACCGACAAGGGUGGGCAAAGUGCCGGAGGCUGCACAAUUCUAUAG